AUCAAGCACCUAGGCAUGCAGACUGCUUCUACAAACAUUUAUGAAAGAAUGUGUCACUCUCAGGAGCUCAGUGAAUUCAAGUGUGGUACCGUGAUAGGUUGCCACCUGUGCAAGUCCAUCCGUGAAAUUUUCUUGCUACUAUAUAUUCAACAGUCAUCUGUUAGUGGUAUUAUAAAAAAGUGGAAGCAACUGGGAACAACAGCAACACAUUCACGAAGUGGUAGGCCACAUAAGAUGACAGAGCGGGGUCAGUGCAUGCUAAAGAGCACAUAAGUCGCCAACUGUCUGCAGAGUCAAUAGCUAAAUUCCUCCAAACUUCAUGUGGCCUUCAGAUUAGUAAAAAAAAAGUGUGUAGAGAGCUUCAUGGAAUGGGUUUCCAUGGCCGA